UUGAGUCUUCACAAGGAGUUUACUCAUGAUGUUUAGCGUUAUGCUCCGCAAUCGUUGAAAGAAAGUAUUCCAUAUUUAGCAAGCACAAGCUUGUCUUCACCAUGACGUUCCUAGUCAUCCUUCCUGUUUUGUCAGUCUGUGUUAUAGGGACAGCAUCAGAGACCUACAUAUUAGAUGACAGCGCAGGGUUCGGAAGGCGGUUUGAUGGAGUCGGUGGCCUAAGUGGAGGAGGAGCUACAUCAAGGCUUCUUGUCAAUUAUCCUCAGAAACAGAGGGAUGAAAUAUUGGAUUACCUUUUCAAACCUAAUUUUGCUGCAUCACUACAUAUACUGAAGGUGGAAAUAGGAGGAGAUGCCCAGAGCACAGAUGGGACAGAAUCAUCUCAUAUGCACCAUCCAAGUGACCUGAAUUUUAAUAGGGGCUAUGAAUGGUGGCUUUUAAAGGAAGCUAAAAAGAGAAAUCCAGACAUUCUUCUCUAUGGACUGCCUUGGGCAUUCCCAGGAUGGAUUGGGAAUGGAACAAGAGAUCCCUAUCACAACCCCUCACUAACAGCGGACUACAUCGUCAAGUGGAUCUCGGGGGCUAAGGAAGUCCAUAACUUAACCAUAGACUUCAUAGGGAUUUGGAAUGAGAAACCAUAUGAUGUUACUUAUAUAAAGACUCUUAGAAAGACCCUUGAUGCCCGUGGAUUUGUCCAGACUAAGAUUGUGGCCUCAGACAGUGGCUGGGGGAUAAUUAAUGAUAUGAACAAAGACCAGGACCUGGCUAAAAUUGUGGACUAUGUAGGGGUACAUUAUCCAGGAACUCUGUCUCCAGAAUUUGCUAAGAAACAAGGGACACAACUCUGGUCAUCAGAAGACUAUUCCACAUUCAAUGACAAUGUAGGGGGAGGCUGCUGGGCCAGGAUUGUAAACCAAAAUUAUGUCAAUGGACUUAUGACGAGUACCAUUUCCUGGAACCUGAUUGCCAGUUAUUACGAAGCUUUACCGUUUCCCCGUAAUGGUCUGAUGACAGCUGAGACACCCUGGAGUGGACAUUACGUUGUAGAAAGUCCUAUCUGGGUCACAGCCCAUACAACACAGUUUACACGACCUGGCUGGAAGUACCUCCCCCAUGAUAAGGGGGUCAGUAGAUUACAGGGCGGGGGGAGUAUGGUGUCUUUAGUCAGCCCUGACAACAAGGAUCUCACCAUUGUUAUAGAAAGCAUGAGCCAUGAUCAUUCUGUCUGCAUUAGACCCCCACUCCCUCCUUACUCUGUAAACCCCCAGAAUGUUACAUUACAACUCAAAGGAACAUAUGCAAAUAUAUCAUCUCUUUAUUUAUGGAAGAGCAGUUUUCAGUUUGGACAAAAUUCCUCAAAAUCUGAUUUCUUUAGAUCAUUUGGACAAAUCAAGGUGAUUGGUGGAAUUCUAAGUAUAUCUCUCAAUGUUGAUGAGGUCAUCACCAUAACAACCAUUUCAACAGGACAGAAGGGACUGUAUCCAAACUCUCCAGAUGAUAAACCCUUUCCUUUGCCGUAUAGUGACAACUUUAAUGGGUAUGCAGAAAAUGUAGAGCCAACACUUUUUGCUCAGCAAGUGGGUGUGUUUGAAACCAGGAAAUCAGAUGAUCCCAGUCAUGGCAUGGUGCUCACCCAGGUUGUCACCUUCCCUCCUAUCUAUUGGUGUAUAUUUAAUCUUGUGUUUCCCCUAGAUCUUAUUGGAAACAACACUUGGACUGACAUGGCAGUGAGUGUUGAGACACAGAUCCCAAAGGUCAAUGGGAGUUCAGGGUCGUUUGUUGCAGUAAGGGUGGAUCAAGGGGGGUGUAAUGCUUGGGAAGCCAAAGGAAUAUUCUUUUUCAUCCUCCCCAGUGAACAGAAAUAUGUUCUAUCUAAUGAUGUGUCUCGUACUUCUGUCAUACAAGAGGGAAUAGCCAACUUCUCUGUCAAUGGUUGGAAUACAAUUAGUUUAAUUGUCAAGAAUACAACAGCUGUUGGCAGUCUGAAUGGAGUGAGUUUAUUUAAAACCAAUGUGCCUCCUAAACCAGCCAAUGGCUUUGUAGCCAUGGGAACAGAUUCCUAUGGCCUAGCAAAUUUCGAUAAUUUUAAAAUGAUGAGCUCUAAGGACAUUGAUUUAAGUGGAAUAAAGUUACCUGAAAAAGUUUAUUCCAAAGACACAAAACUGUACUUCAAAUCAAAACAUGUGCACCAUAGCUCAAGGAAAUAUACCAUAGUUUGAUAUAUAAUUAUAUAAUAUUACAUAUAUAAAAAAAAUAUAAACUCCAAACAAACAAAACAUAAAAUCAAAACACAUGCACCAUUGCUCAAAGUUAUAUUAGAUUACACAUAAAAUUGAUAUAUUCCAAAAACACAAAACUUAAAACACAUGCUUUUUAGCUCAAGGAAUAUACCAUAGCACGUAGUUAUAGCACAUUGCAAAUAAAACUCAUAUUUCAAAUGAGACAAUGUGGUACAUUGAUUGAGUCAAUUGCUACACUCAUUUUCAAGAUGAUUUGAUUUCACGUUCCAAAUAGCAUAACAUGCAUUUACAUCAUUUAUGUCUGAAAGCUUUCAUUUUGCAAGAAAUGAUACUAUGUAAAGACUUAGUUGUGAUGUUCUCUUUCUCAUCAAAUGUGCCAUUUGUAGAACAAUAUGGAGAAACCCAGUGAACUUAUGAGUGCUGAUUAUAAUUGUUGUUAUGAAAUGUUAUUAUGCUAAUGUAUGACAUGAUUUUAUUUGUACGUUAUAUUUAUAGAUCUCUGGGUAUAUACAUGUAUAAUAACUGCACACUUUUCUAGAGCUUCCAUUCAUUAUGAAUGUAAAGUGUUUCAAAAACUAAACAAGCAUGUUAUGUCUGACUGGAAGAUUAUUUUGACAUCUAUCACUCAAGUAGCUUUGCAAUUUUGUAGUUGAUUUUCAGAAAUAUUAUAUAGGUAAUUUUACACACAUUGUGUAAGAUUUUUAAUAUGUUGAAGACUGAUUAUUGUCAAAUAAAGGUGCUGUACCAUGAU